AUGUCUGGUGAGUCUAUUAAAGCUGACUCUUCGAAGGAUUUAAAUGAAGCUUACAAUGAAGAAGAAAUAAAAAGUUUAGUUACAUCUAAUGAUAAUUUAGUUAGAUCUAGGUUCAAUAUUAAUAAUAAUGAAGAAAUUAAUUUUGAAAAAAAAUUUCAUUCCGGAGAUGAAGAAGUAGGUGAAAAUAAUAUUAAUUUUUUAGAAAAAAAUUCAGAUCUUGUAGAAAAUACUGAAGAAGAAAAAAUUGAAUUGUCAAAUGCUCCAAGAUUGAAUAUGAUAGCUCAGAUAAAAAAAAUCUGGGAAGAGCGUAAAUAUUUGAAGUGGAAAAAUAGUUUUCUUCACAAAAAGUCCCGGGAUUUUUUGAAGAAAAAAAAGUUUGUUAAUUAUUUUGAGAAAUCAAAUAUCUUCUCGACUAUUCAUUCUGAUCAUAGGUAUGAAGCUGUAUUGAAUGAAUUUGAAACAGUCAAAAAUUCUUUGGAGAGUUCAAAAAAAGAUUUAGUCCAAGUCAGCGAAGAGUCAAAAAAAUUGUACGACUCACAACGAGCAGAGUUUGAAAAAUCAUUCGAAGAAUUCCGAGUCCUUUUUUUUGAGACUGGCGUUGAAGCUUUUAAAAAAAAAGACAAUAAAUUUAAAUUAGCGCACGUUAAUAAAAAAAUUGGUCGGUUGCUGGCUAAAAUGCAGAGUCGUAUGGAAAAUUUAAGAGACACCCGCGUCGUUUUUUUUAAUUUGAAUAUUAUUUUGAAGAAAUUAAACGAUGAACUUUCUAGAAUUAAUAUUCUAGGUGAAGGUUACACCGUGUCAGAGUACGAGAAUUUAUCAAUGAUUAAAGAUUCUCAUGUGGAAAUUUUCAAUAAGCGAGAGAAAAAAAUCGAAAAUCAUCACAAUAAAUGUGUUGCAAUAAUUGACAUGUUAUCAAAAGUCAAAGAACAAUUACUGAGUCUAGAUAAUGAUAUUUUGAUUUAUAAAAACAAACUUGGAGAGUUGGAAGAAAUUAAAAAUAAAUUGCAAGUUGAAUUUAAUAAGCUGAGACGUCAAAAAGAUGCAAAGAGAAAAAAAAUAUCAUCACUGCAGCGGAAACUUUUCUCUAUUACUCCGGAGUUGAUCAAAGAAAUGUCAAGCCGCGGGGCUGAAUACGUGAAGCUUAGGUCUAGAAUACAGAGCAUGAAAGAAAGCGAUGAUUCAUUUAUUUAA